ACCAGGAGUCAGUCUCUCUCUCUCUCUCUCUGCAGCGACGACUCUUUCUCUAGAGGAGGUUCUGCAAGCGCUCAAAACAAAAACACUCCACGGACAGCAGCCAGUCCAUGUGAGGGUGAUUCUGCAUUGGAGCGCUAGGUCCCGUCACUGAUGCUUUGAGUUUGUGGGGAAAUAAACUUCUUUUCCGCUGGAAACAUGGUGGGUUUGGGUGAGCUGCUUGGCGAUGGACAGUUCUGGAUGCUCAGUGCCUGAACAUGGAGCAGUUUCACAUUAGCACAAUGUCGAGGAGAACUCUCCACAUUUGUGGUGCUAUAAACUGGGAAAGCUGCCGAGCAGUUGUCAAGGGGGGCGAGAAAAUUCUGGACGUGGUCAGAGACAGAGUGCAGAAUUAGAGGCGGUAUUGUAAUGAUGGAGAAGCCCCAGGCCAGCAUGUUUUUCCACAAACGAAGGUCCCAGUUGUUGUUGCUGAAUUCACUGACGUGUGGCUUGGAGAUGUGUGUGGGAGCCGGAAUCACCUUUGUACCCCCACUGCUUCUGGAAGCCGGUGUACAAGAAAAAUACAUGACUAUGGUUUUGGGUAUUGGGCCAGUCCUGGGACUGAUAUUUGUUCCAAUGAUUGGUUCGGCAAGUGACCACUGGACAAGUCGCUAUGGCCGCCGACGCCCCUUCAUUUGGGCGCUCUGCUUUGGGGUCCUUCUGAGUCUCUUUGUUAUCCCUCACGCCAGCAAGAUGGCCACUUUCUUCAGCCUGAACGAUUAUCCUGUCGAUGUGAUCUUCCUCAUCAUUGGAAUCUGCAUGUUGGACUUUUGUGGCCAAGUCUGUUUCACCCCUCUGGAGGCACUGCUGUCAGAUUUGUUCCAUGAUGCAGAAGAUUGUAGGCAGGCUUUCUCCAUGUAUUCCUUCAUGAUCAGCCUGGGGGGUUGCAUUGGCUACCUCUUGACAGCAGUGGACUGGAAAAGGACUUUUGUGUCCACUUACCUCGGUGGGCAAGAAGAUUGCCUCUUCACACUUCUGGCUGCCAUAUUUAUUUUUUGUGUUCUUGCAACCUUCUUUGUAUCUGAGGAAAACUAUAGUAAUGUGGAUGGCCGGGUCGAUAUUUCACCAAAGGAAGUCAUUAAGCCUCUGUCACGGUACUGUUGUUGCUCCACUAGUAUGCUUUGGCGAGCAAGGCACUACCUUCUGGUACUGAAGAACUGUUGCACUUUGAUCCCCAAACUCUAUAACUUGUACUGUCGCAUACCCAAGGUGAUCCGGCAGCUGGUUGUAGCAGAAUUCUACAGCUGGAUGGCUCUCAUGACGUUCAUGAUGUUCUACACAGACUUUGUGGGGGAGGGACUCUACCAUGGUAUCCCUAAUGCUGAUCCUGGGAGUGAAGCUCGGCUGCGCUAUGAUGAAGGUGUUCGAAUGGGCAGUAUGGGUCUUUUCCUGCAGUGUGCAUUCUCAAUUUUUUGUUCAGCAAUAAUGGACAGACUGGUGAAGGGGUUUGGUACCAAAGUAGUUUACCUCGCCAGCAUAGCAUUUUUUACAUUUUCCGCCUUCAUCAUGUGCCUUUCGAAGAGUGUGAUCCUGGUGACAGUGAUGUCUGCACUAACGGGGUUUACAUAUUCAACUCUACAAAUUCUACCAUACACAUUGAACUCCCUUUAUCAUAAGGAAAAACAGGUAUAUUUUUGCAAGCACAAGUUUACUGAACUCGAAGAUGGCAAUUGCCAGAUUGAGAAAAAGGCAUCUUCGCAAAAUGGAAUCUUGAAUCAUAAGUCAUAUAAUCAAAAUGGAAAUUUAAUUACAACUGCUCCUCUACUGUCUUCCAAAGGCCCUCUGCCAGAGAGAAGCAGCAUCUCUCAAAAUCGUGGAUCUCAGUGUGAGGUCAUCAUGCCUGCUGGAUCUACUGACGGUGAACAAUCUAUGGGGAGAGGGAUUUGCCUUGACCUAGCUAUUCUGGACAGUGCCUUCCUUCUUUCUCAGGUCAUUCCCUCACUACUCAUGGGAACAAUUGUUCAGUUUACACAGACAGUAACUGCUUACAUGAUCUCCGCGGCCUUCUUUGGGACGGUGGCUAUUUAUUUUGCAACCAAAAUAGUUUUUGAUAAAAAUGAUUUGGAAAAGUAUUUAGUGUGAUGUAAUGAAGGGAUGAUACUCUUUCUGCUAUGGGGUGGUGUAACAGUUGGAGGUGAGUGAUAUUGAGUUCUAUGGCAAUAUUAUAAGCACAAUAGUUGUCUAUUAAGAUCAGGAUUCUUCAGAAUUCUGAAGCACUCCUUGGUUCAUUGAUUAUGCUAUUGCUCGAUAACUUUGAAGUCUGACAUGAAUCUGUUUCACUGACUGGAGACCAUAUGGCUUUCAUUUGGUGUCGAUGCACAAACAUCUGCUGCUUAUCAACUCCUGAUUUCUAAAUGAAUCCAUUUAUACACUUCAAAGCAUCUAAUCUAUUUUACA